GAAAUAAUUACAAAGUUGAUGGCAAUAGCACCCCAUGGCACAAACAGUGAAGACCAUUCUUUUUGCCCCUUGAUAGAGAGGUGACUAAGAAGGAGAUGUGCUGAGAACUGCAGGCUACAAGGAUUUCUUGCUGCUGCCUAGCAGAUAUUCUGUGAUGAAUCUGGCAAUGAAAUGCAUGUCUGCAUUUUAUUUGGCUGUGUAAUAAAUCCAUUUUCAAGAUAUCAACUAAUUAAGACUACUAUUAUUCUACUCCUGUUAGCAAUAAUCCUAUUAUAUUUGCAGCGCUCCAUCCAUACACUGACAAGAAGAUAGUUGAAGAAUGGUUGUUUUGAAUAUUAAUUGCUGAAAUGUACAGGUAAGCUACGUUUAAUAAAAAAUGUCGUUGCUUUAUUUAAAAUACAAGCUGAUAUCAGAUCACAGUAGGUAGCUGGUAAACCUAGGAGAGUCACUUAUCGAAGUGUUUUUUUUUUGCCAAAAAACUUUUAUUUAUAACGCAGGUAUACAAUUGUCAUACAGAGCAAAAAACAAAAAACACAAACAAACAAAAACAAAACAAAUUUGUACAGACAAGAGGAGUCCACUCGUUAUAAGUCCUCUCAGGGUUCAAAUAAAAUUUACUUUCUUUAAAUAUCAAAAGUCUUUAUAGCUUUUUUGUUUUUCACAUUUUCAAUUAAGGCGCGAUACUGCUGGAGUCCAACAACAAAACCAUGAAAGCAGGGUUUGGAGUCAGACCAUUUAGAUUUGUGGAUGUGGAAUUUACCAAGAAUAAUCAAAAGCUGAAUUAUAUAGGUAGUAUUAUAUAGGUAAUAGGUAAUAUCGACGUGUUUCUGCCUCGGUUUCCUGAGCUGUUGACGUGAAGCACAAACAUGUAAUGUCGUUAUCCUCCUCCAGAGGACGGUAGUAAAACUCGCCCCGCUAUCGGGAGGACUCGACAUCCGUUCGACAAACCGGAAGUGUCGUGAAUUAUUUUGGUGCUAUAGGUGUCGCGAUUCUCAUGCAAUAAAGGCUUCUUUUUUUACUCAAGAAACAGUGUGAUACAAAGGCGCCGAGCGCUAAGAGUUGCAGAUGGCGGAUCCUGCUGCGGCGUCAAGCGGUUCGCUCAUCGCGGGGGCGCGCUCAAGUAGUGGCAAAGCUGCUUCUAGCCCUGCAGAAAACUAUCACCUUGCCCGACGUCGCACCUUACAGGUUGUGGUCAGCGCCCUGUUAACAGAAUGCGGGUUCGAGAGUGCAGAAAAGGCAGCUGUGGAAUCACUCACUGAGAUGAUGCAAAGUUAUAUGAACGAAAUAGGCCGCUGUACCAAAGCCUACUGUGAACACACAGCCAGAAGCAUCCCCACCCUCUCAGAUGUAGUUGUCACACUUAUCGAAAUGGGUUUCAAUGUAGAUACUCUCCCUGUGUAUGCUAAAAGGUCACAGAGGAUGGUUAUAACUGCACCUCCAGUGACAAAUGCCCCUGUGGUUCCCAAAGCACUGACAGCUGGACAAAAGCGCACCCAUCCACCUCAUAUCCCCAGCCACUUUCCUGAGUUCCCUGAUCCUCACACCUACAUUAAAACACCUACAUUUAGAGAACCUGUGUCUGACUACCAAGUGGUGAGAGAGAAGGCUGCGUCUCAGAGGAGAGAUGUUGAGCGGGCGCUAACGCGCUUCAUGGCCAAGACUGGAGAAACUCAGAGCCUCUUCAAAGAUGACAUCACUGCCUUUCCCUUGAUCGCAGCCCAGCCCUGCACCAUCCCAUAUCUGAGUGCCCUCCUGCCGUCUGAACUGGAGCUGCAGACCCUGGAGGAGACGGACUCUUCUGAGCAAGACGACCAGACAGACAGCGAGAACACCACAGGAAACAUAAUCACUGACGAUCCGGCUGCAGACAAGGAGAAUUCCAUGCUGCCUCCCAGUGGUGUUGUUCCCUCCGCAAAGGCUAGUGAGGAGAACAUGAUAGACAACCCAUACCUCAGACCAGUCAAGAAACCCAAAGUGAGGAGGAAGAAGUGA